GCGGCGGCGCGGGUGGGCGGGCUCAGAACGUUCCCCGGGAGCGCGCGGCGCGGGGCGGCGCGUCCGGGCUCCUGGCGGCGGCGGCGGCGGCUUCGGGUGCAGGUGCUGAGCUGAGAUGGGCUUCGCCGAAGACAAAGUGUACGACUACAUUUUGAGAAACCUCAGCCACUUUGGCAACAUCCAAGUGACGUCGCUGGCCCAUUCCCUGACCUGCCUCACCGAAGCGGACAGGGAUGAGCUGCAGGCCCGGGAGGAGAUGCGGGGCCGGCACGCGGCCGUGUUCAAGUUCUACCAGUACCUGAAGUGCCGCCGGGGCUGGGUGCUGGACCUCAUCAACGCGCUGCACCAGAACAACGCGGGGCACCUGGCCGAGGAGCUGCAGCAGCUGUACGACCUCUACCGCGUCCCCAGCAGCGCUCCCGCCUCCUCCAGCGGCACCCGGAUGCCGUCGCUGGGGGCAAAUCCUGCUCCGGGAGCCCCGACGCCCGAGCAGCCGUGCCGUGACCCACCCGCCGGCAGCCAGCCGUCACUGCUGCCCGCCGGCACCCCUGCGGCCAGCUCGGCUGCCACCAGCACCGACCUGGACUCCAGGGCCCCCGUGCAGGAAUCGCUCCCGAAGGAGCUCCCGGAGCAAGAGAGUCCCCUCUCCGGCAGCACGGCCUGCGACGCAGCGAGCGACGGGCUCUGUGGCGAGGGGCACGUCCCGCGCCCUGCCGAUGCCGUGGCCAUGCCGCCGGCCGGCCCCUCCGAGCGGAGCCGGGACUGGCCGAGUCGCCAGCAGCACCCGGUGUGCGUGGACAACGGGUAUUUUGGGAACGCCAACCACCUGAACCGCGGCGCCUCGGCCCUGGGCCCGGGCAGGUCCCUUCUGUCGCGGGAUCCGGCCGCCGCUCGCAGGAACGAACCCGAGGAGGUUCAUUACGUCUCCGCUGAGCUGCCUGCGAGAGCGGUGGACGCCGGUCACAUCGGGGAGCUGCAGCCCCCGGACUCGCUGAAGACGCUGCAGACCCAGCCUGCGUGCAGCUCCGGGCACGGAGAGCCCUCGGGCAGCUUUGUGGAUGUGCGCAACCCCCUCCUCAUCCAAAAACAGUUCGAUGCAGAGCAGAAGCAGCUCAGGAUGCCGAGAGACCGUGGAGGAGAUGGAGAUGCUCGGGUGGAAGCAACCCCCCCAGUCUCUUCUGCACCCACAGACACUUCCACGUCCAGUGGUGCCUCCUUGAAGCCUCCGGUGCAAGAGGGAAAGGUGCUUGCAGAGGAGAGAGCCAGCAGCGCCCCGUCCGUGCUGACGAAGGAGCAAGUGCUCCCAGCCUUGGCAGCCCCUCUCUUGGGCACGACCGUUGUGGGCAGCUUUGAAAGCGUGGCGGGGAGAACCCCCCAGGUGAGCUCUGCCGGGAACGUGCAGGUGCUUCACAGCGACGCGGAUGAAGACGUGGAGCUCAGCAAGCCGGGCGUUCUCCUCUCCGUGGUGGGGGACAGCACGGGGGUGGCCGGCGGAUGUCUGGGCUUGCAGCGGCCCAGCAGUCCCUAUUCGGGGGGCACCGAUCGCCUCGAGUUGAGCAGCGACCCACUUAUGCUGAGCACAGACAGCUCGAGCCCUGGAAAAGUGCUCCCUAGAGCCUCCUUGGGAUGCUGUUCCCCGGCUCCAGCAGCUCAUGCAGACCCUAGGGGAGAGGAGGCAACGAGAGCAAGCUCCCGUCCACCUCCGAGCUGGGACAGCACUUCCCUGGGCACCCACGAGGUCCGGGUGGACCAUUAUCCCAGCGUCCUGCUCGAGGCACCCCAGGACCUCCUGGAGGGAGUUAGACCCUUUGGAAACCCUCCAGCUUUUGACUCAAGCGCCAGCUCGUCUCAGGGCAGAGUCCCCCCAAGAGACAGCAGUGGCUCAUCUUUGUCAUACAUCGUGCCAGCUGCAGGCAUCGCACUGAUUUCGGCCGUGGCUUUUCUAGUAUACAGUCGACUGCAGAAAUAGCGCUGGAGCAGAGCGAAGAGAUGAUGGGGUGCCACUAUCAUCGCUAACCUGGGCAGUUCCUCCUAGAAGCAGGAAUGUGGCCAACAUGCUUGAAGCCUGAAGAGCGGGGGGGUUGGUAGGGCCUUGUUAACUCUCUUGGGAAGGUUUCACUGGAAGAGGCCUUGGUUGCGUGAUGCUGUUGGGUUUUGGUAUGUUCCUCUGUUUCCCAACCAUCUUGUCUGGUCCCUUCUCCUGCUGUGCUUGCAGAGAGCGUCUCACUCAGGGACCAGUUCCCUGAGUCAAAAAUCAAAGCCUUCCUGGUGAUUCUCGCUGUCUUCCUCCUUCAGUCCUAGAAGACCCCAGGGAAAUGUUUCCUGGUGGUCCAAAGAGUGACCUUCCAGGUCCAAGGAAGGGUUUUGCAUACGUCCUGAAAAGGCAGAGCUAACUCUGUUGGCUCUGCUCAGCUUGACUUGAAAACAGGCCCAAGGGUCUGCGCGUCAGCCUUCACUGGUGUGCCUCCCCGCUGCUGGGGGAUCUAACGAAGCAAAGCUCGUUGCUGUCCUGGGAAGUUCAGUAGCUCCCAAGGGCUUUGCUGCUGUCCCCGUGAUGAGAACGCGACAGGCCAGACUGCAUCCGUGCGUUUGCUCGGAGCAUCCUCCCCUUCCCUCGUGGCACGGGGACAGCACGGGGUCUGGGAGGGCUGGCAUGCAGCUUGCUUUGUGGGGUGAUGGGGCCAAACGGUUGCUCCUCCCUCGGUGGGGAUGAAGUGCCUGUUUUCCCUAGCAGCUCCUGCAAGGUUCAAUCCAGGAGCGCUCCUGCGAGGCCGCUGGGAUGUGUCCAGGCACAAGCGGUGACCCUCGGAGCCUGCUGUAAAUACGAUGGGAUCCAUAAGGUUGUGACAACCUUGUGGUGCUUGAUGUGAAGUGCCCUCCCAUGGCACAUCACGAUGGCACAGCACGUGCCUUCUCCGUUCCCUCCGCGUUGCCGUGGGCCGCGUUUGCGGUCCCCGCUGCCGUCCGGAGGGAUCCACGGUGUGAGCCUUGGUGAGAGGCUGCUGGUGCCAGGUCCCAGAGCUGCCCAGCAGCCCCUCGGCAGCACAGCUCGGGUAGCGCAGAGCCCGUGGAGCUGAACGCCCUGCAAGAGUCUUUGCCUGUUCACCCCUGUUUUACCUGCCGCCUGUGUUACUCACUCCGGCUGCGGCACCUGUGAGAGUCAUUUUUUUUCACAGAUACCAAAGGAAACGCUGGGGACUUCGCAGGUCACCUAUCUGCGUCUGCCCCAUCCUGCGUCCCCGCCGCGUUUCGCCCCAUCGCCUUCACAAUCCCCAGGUUCUGAGCCACGUGGCUGCUUCCCCAGCUUUGCCUUAUAAUUUUCGGUUUACUGACUAAGCACCACCAUCAACCUGGGGAAGGGAGAUGGGACUUGGAGCCCGUUCUGACUUGGGCCUUAUGGGACCAAUUGCUCUCCAAGCUGCCAACAGCUCUGCCUGAGGCAGAGAGGGGCUGGGGGACUUUUGGCCGAGUUUAUGGGAUUGGCAUCUCUAACACUUUCCCUUUCCUCAGCAAUGCAAGAAGCACCUCUCUGAAAUGACAGAGACAAUAUAUGCAACGGGGAGAUGUUAGUUUUGAUAUGACAGGGCUGCUUUUCAGGGUGGACCUGAGCUGUUUGCGGCUUGCUCGUGUCUAGCGCUGUAUCUGUCAGAGGAACAGGGUGUGCUUUUAAAUGCAAUUUAACUCCUCUGCUGAGAGAGGUGACACAGGGGCUGUCCUCCUCCUUGGAAGACAGAGUGGUGACUUAUCCAAAACCUCCCUGCAAGCAGGGCAGGCACAGGACUCCAAGGAGAACCCAGGAGUUCCCAUUGGCAGUCCUGAAUAAGCUAUUUUUUUCUCAGCUUUAGUAAUUUCGCCAGGGAGAGGUUUGUAUAGACCUGUGACGUCUCCGUGAAAGCUGCAGCUUUCAGCACUUCCAGUUGCUCUAUUUGCAAAGGGUAGGGAAAUCUUCCCCAAAUCCUUCCACCUUGUUAGAAGAUUGGUGUUUAUUACUAAGCGUUGCACUGAAAUAAAGCAGAAAUUGUUAGCAAAUAUCCAUACUGUAAAGCAGAGAGUAUUUGAGCCUGUGUAACCACAUUGCAGAGUCCGUCAGAAAAUUCAGCCCUCUAAAGAGAGGGGGCAUGUGUCUUCUGCACGUGCUUCUGCGUGAUUCGGAGGACAUCUUGACAUCCCAAACCAGCAGCAUCCGCACCAAGGCCCUCUUCUCUAAUGCUUUACUUAUCUGUAAAAAUCUUCAUGCAUUUUUCCAAUACUUUUUAGCAAUAGCAUGCAUGCUGUAUUUUCACAUUGAAUCACUCUUGUGAAACAGUUCAUUUAUCACCGAUUUGGACUUGAUAAAUGUGUGUUCAGUUUUCUCUGUGUUUAGUGUGAAAUACUGGUAUUUUUAGAGCUGUAUCAUGGCAUUUUGAAAGCAUAAUCAGCAGGAGAAGCUGCAGGGGGGAAUUGUGUCCCUGCAAAUCUUUUAAAAAAGAAAAGCCUUCUGCAAAAUAUAUAAUACAAUUGGUUGUGGUUUAACACUCAA